AUGAAGGCGAUCAACGGUAUCUUCUUUGCAUCUUCAUUGUUUUCCGUGGAUCCGUACACAUUCACCAUACAUGACAGGUCAGUGACAGGUUGCUUCUAGCUGCGUCAUUGCGGUCAGAGUAACUGCAGUAAUUAUCAAGUCUAAAAAUGAAAUAUCAAGAUCAAUUCGUCACCCAUUAUCUGUCGCUAAAAUAUAUCAUACGUGUUUAUUAUUUGAGAUUAACUAAAGAAAGUUUACGAUGAUAAUCCUCUCGGUAUGUGUAAAUUAAACAACCAUGUGAUGCAUGAAGAAAUGAGGGUGACAAUUCAAAAUUAUAUGCUAUCCAAGUUUUUCUUUCAGAAAAAAAACCUGCACUUAACAUGUAAAUUCCCUAACAAAUUUUCAGGCUUAUGCUUUAAAACCUCCGUGAGAAAGGAGAAAGAGGAGGGAAUUAAAAAUAUACUGUUUCUGCAUUUGAUUUCCAAUUCACACGGUUUUUCUACAUGGGCCCUACCGGGUAAGUAAUUGCCAGCUAUACAAGUUAACUCUUACCAGCAUUGGGCGAGCACGUGUCUGACGCCUAUCCCGUACUGCGUCAGUUGAGUCAACCCUUUACAAUUAUCGUGUUUUUAUUUCUCUGAGUGAUAAACCAAGCAAGUAUGGAAUCAUAGCUCCCCCUCGAUAUAACCCUAAUGAAAGACGAUAUCACGUCAAUAUUGAUAGACAAGCAUUACAAUCGAGUUUGGAUUCUAGUCACGUACGGAACGAGACUCAGUGUGUUGCUGAAGAAGACAUGAACACGAGUUUCAUCAUUGUUGUCUUGGCUGCAGCGGUAAUUUCAAACAUUCGUGGAGGUAAGAGCGUAAUAUAACUCUGAUGAAAUUUUUGAUAAAAAUACUUUGUAGACACUACAAUUCAAAAGCCCUUGUGCAACGCUAAGGAAAAAUUCCUUUAGAUAUAGAUUCACUUUGUAUUGUUGCUAAAAACCCGACUCUUUUUCUUUCCUUUACUUCCUUUGACUCUAAAUUUCAACUCAGGACUUUGUAAUCAUGUUCGUUUUAAACAAUUGUUUUCUAAAGCUGCAAGUGCAUUGGAGUAAGUAACAAGUAACUCAAAUCAUUGUGGACUGCUCCUUUCAGUUUCUUUGUUUUAAUUUUUUUUCUUUUUUAAGUACAGCAUUGUUUCAUUUCGUGA